AUGUCACGUGCCAUGCCAUGGCGCCGGGUGUGCCCGGAGGUGAUUCGAACCAGAGUGGAAGAAGCCAAGAACACGCGCCUCUUGUUCGUCUCCCGCUCCGGCCCAACAGGCUUCGUGGUGAAGGAUCCACAAGUGAAUAAGAAGUACAAGGUGCUGCUUGGCGGCGUGAGCUCCUGCUCGUGCCCUCAGUACCGCAAGGAACACGAGCUGUGCGUUCACAUCCUGUGGGUCCUGUUGCGCAAGCUGCGGGUUCCUGAGACGAACCCCAUCGUCUGGCAGCAGUCGCUCAUCGACCGAGAAGUACAGGAGCUGCUACGCGGGAGCGAGGCGCCGCCCCAGCAGCCAUCGUCGUCAGAGACAGAAGCGCAAGGAAAGGGUGAAGAUGGACAGGCCGGUGGCACCGUCGAACAGCGGCCCAUCACAGAGGACGACGUGUGCCCCAUCUGCCAAUGCGAACUCCUCACACCAGAUGAUGCAACACAAGCCAUCGUGUACUGCCAUCAUGGUUGCGGUAUGUCUGUCCAUGCUGACUGCAUGUACGAGUGGGCAAAACACGCAAAGUCCCAGGGCGAAACACAGAAUAUUCGCUGCCCGCUGUGCCGUGUUUCAUUUGGCGACUUUGCGCAGGUGCGGCAGCUGUGUCUGCAGCCCAAGACCAAACGAACAGCGCGAAAGGCACGUGAUGACCAGCAUCUUGGGCACACGUGCGGGCAGUGCAAAGCAGCGCCGAUUGAGGGGGAGCUCUACACGUGUCGUGUGUGCGCCUCCUUUGAUCUGUGCCAGGCGUGCUUUAUCGCAGGUGCACACUCCCAACACAAUUUCACCUGCAAGGCAACCACAAAGGCGCAGCCAAAGUUCGUCUGUGUGGUUGUUGAUCGGGCUGCGCUGCCCCGCGCCCUGAUUGAGCAGCUGCAGCAGCGUGACCUCUCUGACGCCGACUACGACAUGCUACUCUUGCUUGACCGCCCAGCUGCCGUGUCUCUCGCAGACACCCGCGCCCUCGACCAAGCAUACCCUGCCUUUGUGGUCAACGCACGCCACCCGCUGGCACGCGCGUCCCCGCCAACGACAUGCGACGUGUGCAGUCAGCACGUGCUCCAGGGCGCAACCGUACGCAAGCUUGGCUGCGGACAUGUCUUUCACAAGGCGUGCAUUGACCCGUACUUGACACAACAGCGCAACUGCUGCCCCAUUGAUGGGCUGAGCGUUGGCGCCGAGGCUGUCGACACCAUAGCCAGUGGUGGUGGUGGUGGUGGUGGUGAUGGUGGCGCGAUCACAUCAACACGUCAGCCGCGGCCGCCGCCAGCACCACCGCAACCGAGUGCUCAACAGCAAGAGCAGCAAGAGCAGCAGCAGCAGCAACGGGUACGACAACGGCAACACGGCAGGCGCGUGCAGGGUGGUGUUGGCUCGGGGACAGCCGAAGAGGCCAUAGCACGUCCGCACGACGAUGAACAGCAGCAGCAGCGGCGGCAGCAGCAGCGGGGGCGGAGACGACGGGGAAGGCUGGCGGGAGAUGGUGGUCGUGGUACGAUGCACCUACAAGAGCAGCAACAGCAGGGACCGCCAGCGCUGGUGCUGGAGGGUGAGGGCGCUGCAGUGCGCCACGCGGCGAGCGAGGACGCGCACAGUGAUGCAGGUGGUCGUGUCAGCGGUAGUGGCAGCGCGCGUGCCAGUCAGGACGCUGUGGACAGAAGAACAAGAAGGAGAAGUGGGAGGACCAGCACACACACCACCGAACCGCGCCAGCUGCCUGAGUUACAGCCUGCGCCUCCGCUGGAACUGCAUGGGUCACUUCAAGUCAGUUCGACGGCACCAGUGGCGUCAGCACGCACAGACACCAGCAGUAGCAGUAGCAGCAGCAGUAGCAGCAACAAUGCUGCUGCUCGAAGGAAUAAUUCGCAUCAGCCAGCGCAACGAGGAGGGGCAGCCAGGUCCCAACACCCACGACCACCACGACCACCACGACCACCCCGACCACCCCGAAGGCCCCGUCCUCAAGACGAGGAAGAAGUAGACAAAAGGGAGGAUAUGCAACAGCAGCGGGAGGCGCUGGCACAGCUGCAGCUCCGUGGUGCGGCGACAGCAGCAGUGAUGGGACCACGUGCCAGCAGCGAAGCGGGGCUGAUCCAACAACAGAUGAUGUCGACGAGACGUGACGGCGGCACCAGUACAGGGAGCAUAUCAGUUUCACCGGCAACACCAGCGGCGACAGUAUUAAGCACGCUUGCGCCAUCAUCGUCUUCACUGCAACGUCGACAAGCAUCACAAGAGGGGGGUGAGCGCCAACAAAGGCACGCGUCGCAGCCGCAUGCGGGCCAUGUUGGUGCUGCGCGUGUACCUGGCAUGGUUGUACCUGGCAUGGGAAGCGCGAGCUUUGCUGUAAACAGCAACGCAGCACGACGCCAGCCGAGAGGGCGAUUGCACCGCCGCAGCACACGCGAGCAGCGCCAGCGCAUGCAUGACCAGAUCUUGCGUGCGUCGUCCGCAUCCCUCGCGCUCAGUGGUGCCGGCGUGCACGGCGGUACGAGCAGCAGCCGCUCUGGCUCUGGCUCUGGCCAUCAUCACCGCCAGCAGCAGCAACGGCGCCAUGGAUCUGCACCUGUGUCACGCCCGUCAGCCCGACCACCGCCAUCACUGCCGCCACUGCAACGCCACCCGGACCUCACCAUCGCAGCAACAACAACAGCAUCCACAAUGACAUCGUCAACAGCGUCCAUACUGACACCGAUAUCAACAGCAAGACCAUCAGCAUCGUCAGCAGCACCACCGUCAUCAACGACGCAGCACUCACAACGCACGGGUGGGCGACGCUUGCGACCCAUUCAAAGAAGCUCACUCAGGCCGAACGCAGAUACAAGUCGUCGUGCUGGCGUUAGCAACACCUUGGACAUGCAGCCCACAACGCACCGUGUUUCUGCCAGCCGCGCAACUGAUGACAACGCGCCAUCGUGA